AUGGCGCCGAAAAUCUACACGUCCCAGUUCCCCUCUGUCCCCGUCCACGACCGUUCCCUCUUCACCCAUCUCUUCCACUCCACCCCCGGCACGAACAACGUUGGAGGCUACGACGGAUCCCUCCCGGCUUUCGUCGAUGCGCCGACAGGGACAACGAUCACACGCGUCCAAUUGAAACAGCUAGCACUUCAGCUUGGUGCUGGCCUUCGUGCCCACCCCGCUCUCAACGCAAAGCGCGGCGAUACCGUCCUCAUCUACUCCGCGAACUCCCUGACAUGGCCCGUGGUUCUUUUUGGUUCGGUUGCCGCCGGUCUUCGGUGCACGCUCGCGAAUAGCGCGUAUAAUGAACGCGAGCUCGCCUUCCAGUACACGGACAGUGGUGCGCGCCUGGUUUUCACCAGUGAGGAUGGCGCAGCGGUCGUCCGGGCGACUCUGAAGAGCCUUGGGUUGAGCGAGAGAGAAGCGGACAAGAGGAUUAUCGUUAUGACCAAUGGACUGGAUUGGGUGGGAGGACCUGCUGCUCCUAUCAAGCUCGAGGUCUCCAAGCUUGUGAAGGUUGCGGACCUCCUGAAAUUCGGGGCUUUGAAGGAGGAAGAAAAGUUCGAUAGGCAGCUGGCCAACGAGACGACGUAUCUCUGCUACAGCUCAGGUACGACCGGCAAGCCAAAGGGUGUCGAGACCACCCAUAGGAACAUCACGUCCGUGCUGGACAUGGUCAAACCCGCGUUCCCGCCACUGGAUCUCGCGGUGGACAGGCUGAUUGGCGUUUUGCCCUUCUACCACAUCUAUGGCGCCAUCAAACUCCUCCACUUCCCUUUCACGUGCGGUGCCCCGGUCGUGAUCAUGGCGCGCUUCGACCCCGUCCAGUUCUGCGCCAACCUCGAUCGCUACAAAAUCACCGUCGCCCUAGUCGUCCCACCCAUCCUCGUCGUGCUCGCCCGCCAUCCAGCGGUCGAGCAGUACGACAUCUCCUCUCUGGGCCGGAUCUGCUCAGGUGCUGCGCCGCUCGGCGCUGCCCUGUCCAAACAGGUCAUCGACAGGCUGACGCCCAAACGCAAGGGCCAACCGCCCAUGAUCAUCAUUCAAGGAUACGGCCUGACGGAGACGUCGCCCACGACGCAUCUCGUGUUGGACAAGGACGCCCAGAGGAAGGUCGGGAGCGCUGGUAUCCUGCUGCCUAACCUCGAGGCGCGUCUCGUCGUAGACGGCGAUGGCGAUGGGAACAUCGACGCGGCUGAGGGUGAGCGAGGAGAGAUUUGGGUCAGGGGGCCUUCUAUUAUGAAGGGAUACCUGAACAACCCCACUGCGACGAAGGACUCGAUCACACCGGACGGAUGGUUCAAGACUGGAGACAUUGCCUACCGCGAUAGCGACGGUUACUACUUCAUUGUUGACCGUCGCAAAGAGCUUAUCAAGUACAAGGGUUUCCAAGUCCCGCCCGCUGAGCUGGAGAGCGUGCUAUUGACCCACCCCGACAUCGCCGACACGGCUGUCAUCGGUGUGAAUAGCGCAAGGGAGGCGACCGAGUUGCCCAGAGCAUAUGUCGUCCAUGCUCGACCUGACACUGUCAAAACGGAUGCUCAGAAGGCCGCCUUUGCCCAGAGCGUGAAAAAAUGGAUCGAGGGGAAGGUCGCAAGGCAUAAGUUCUUGCGAGGAGGUGUCGUCCUCAUCGAUGUUAUUCCCAAGAGUGCUGCUGGUAAAAUUCUUCGACGAGAACUUCGUGAGAGGGCGAAGGAGGAGCUCGCUGGUAGAGAUCCUGCUGACGACGUCGUGAAGUCCAAGCUGUAA